AUGAACGGCGUGACGGAGAUGUCAGUGAAGUGCGUUAUUGUCGGGGACUGCGCGGUGGGCAAGACGGCCCUGCUUGUCCGCUUCACCUCGGAGACUUUCCCGGAUACGUACAAGCCCACGGUGUUCGAAAACACGGGCGUCGAGGUGUACAUGGACGGGGUCCAGAUCAGCCUGGGGCUGUGGGACACGGCCGGCAACGACAACUUCAAGCAGAUCCGUCCGAGAUCGUACCACCAGGCCGACGUGGUCCUCAUCUGCUACUCCGUGGCCAACCCUAACUCCUUGGCCAGCAUCCAGCGCAAGUGGAUCGCCGAGGUUCGAGAAAACCUGCCCAAGGUGCCGGUCCUGGUGGUGGCGACCCAGACGGACCUGAGGGAGGUCGGGGUCCAUCGGGGCAGCUGCAUCUCUCCCACGGAGGGGAAACGCGUCGCUCACGAAGUCCAGGCUAAGGGUUACCUGGAGUGCUCCUCCUUAAGCAACCGGGGGGUGCAGCAGGUGUUCGAGUACGCGGUGCGGACCGUUUUCAACCAGGCCAAAAAACAAGCCAGGAGACGCAUGUUCAGCAUAAACCAAUGCAAGAAAGAGCCCGGAUACAUUCUUUACAAGGUGGCACAACAGGAAGGGGGGCAGAGAACCGCAAAAAAGGGCCGGAAAAACCCCCCAGAUUACCUGCACAGGAGCAUGGAGCCUGCACACAUGGGCCUCCAACUCAACCCUGAGACUCUGUGUUAA